AUGGUUGAUCAGCAGAUCGAUAUAGCCGAACUUUUAAAAUGUCGGUUAGCAGUGGCAAAAGGAAUUCUGCACGAAAGGUUCAUUCAUCUCUUGAUGAACUUAGAAAAUUUAUUGAUUAAGGUUAGCCAAGCCCCCGUUCACCACCAUAGACGGCGUCGAAAAGCUCAAGAAUCGGCUCACGAGCGAGAUUCGCUUCCUUGAAACGGUUGGAAGAGCGUUUUUCUUCGAAAAAAUGAAGACUUGUUCAGAUAGAAUCAGGAAAGCAGCCUUUGGAGAAGAAAUUCGUCGAGACCAGCAAUAUCAUGCAUUUCGAGAACAUUGUCAACAAGGCUGAGGUUCGAAAUUUGUCAGAAAGAUUCAUAGUUUGCUCACUUAAUUUAUUUUCACUUGAAACUAUAUGACCUUUCUGCGCUCUCUUAUCUCUUACCGGCGAGGUGAUGAAAAUAGGAAAAGAGCGAGAGAAAAGAGUGUGCAGACAAGUCAGAUUGCUUCAAGUGGUGUUGGUCCAGGUAAAAACUCUUUGAGAAUUUCCGUUUUGAGAUAAAUAUGGACUCUAGAAAAAAUUAAUUUUUGAGAUACAAGAAAAACAUAUGGAAAAUUCAACUUUUCUUUUAAGCUUUCGAAAAAAAAAAUUUGAGUUAUUUUCUUAUUCACUAGGAAAGUAGUAUUUUUUUGAACUGCUUUCUGGCUUUUCGAAAUUUCAUGAUACUUCAAAAACAGCUUACUUUUGAAGAAAUACGAAGGCGUUACGGCGGUCCUACAAACGUUCACGAUAAAAAACGUCGAGGACGGCGACAGGACCAUGAAACACAUUGUCGACAUUGUGGCUAACAAUGGGAAUCGAUGGGUUGGUUUUAGAGCCAUUGGUCGCAUUUGGAAUGGCUCGAUGUUUAAAGGCCACGCGGCGGUUGCUUUGAUGCGUGUCAGAAUCGAUAAAAUAUUUCUCAGAGGCUUAAGGAAAUUUGAAAUCAACUCAGGUCUACUUGACUCUGUCGGCGGGUCAAAGGUUUAAGCCAUUCCGAAUGCGACCCGGAAACUUUCUUUCUUUGAAUCGAUGCAAAGGAUUUAUGGCGUUUUUUUAGAUCAAAGUGAUUUCGCGAAGUCCCAAAGGGAUUUGUAUGGAUUGGUUGACGGGAGCCAGUCGGAAUAUUCUGGAACAAGCCAAUGAUUAUAUUCAGGUCUUUUCUGUAUGAAAACAUAUUGAAUCUCGAGCUUUUUAGAUGUCGAAAAGGUUUAUGAGAAACUUUUCUGCCCCAGAAGUGGUUUUCGAUUUCACGGCCGGGGUCCCUGAUCGGAUAGCCAAUAAAUUGCGGUCCGAAGGCGUCAAUGUCGUCGGAACACUGGUGAUUGCUUUAAUCUCAAUUCUGGGAAAAUAGUGGGAUUUCACCUUGAAAGAAAAUGAAUAAAAAAAAAUUUAUAUUCCUCAUGAAAAAGUAUGUAUGGUACAUUAUUUUUUAUUUAUUUCUAAACCACUGCAAUAUUGGCGAAAAAGAACUCGAAUUUUUAAAAAAACAAGUAAAAAAUUGAAAAAGAAAACCGAGAUUAAUGGAGUUUAGAAAAUUAUCAAUUCCCAAAACUUUCGAACAUUAUUGGUUUCGCUGUAAUGUUUGACAUCAAAACCAUAGAUAAAAUUAGGCGAGCCUAUUAAUAAGAAGUAAGUUUCAAGAAAAAAAACUACGUCAAAAUUGGCUUUUUUUGGUACAGCAAUAAUCGUACAUGAAUUGAAAAAAAGUUUAGAAAGGUAUUUUUUUAAAAAAACGUGUUUUUUUGCCUUUUUUUGACAAAAUUUUUCGAAUAAAUAUUGAGUCUACGUUUUCAGAACACAAUAGAGAACUGUUUCAGAAAAAUUUUUAAAAUAUCGAUUUUUUUAUUUUUCAUACUUUAAAGCCUAACUGAUUUGAAUAUUUUUUUCCUCGGCUCAAUCUCUCACCCAAACUCCAGUAAACCGAGCUUUUUUCAAGGUCGACAUCAACACUAUAACCAAAGUGCCUGAAGACUUCCUGGAGAUGCUCGACGUCUCCGAAACGAAAGACGUCGAAACAUCUUCGAGUGAACCUUACCAACCUCCCAUCAACCUUGAUGUCUCCGCCGUUUUUGUUCUCGUUUCCAAUUUGACUCAUGAGGGCGGAACUAAUCAUAGGUUUUUUUUCUGUUCCUUCUAUUAGAAUUGACUUUGUUUUUCUAGGUUCUCUAGUAAAUUAUUAACUCAACAAGCCGAAAUGGAGCGGGAGCAACCGGCGCGGCGGAAUUUGUUAGAAAAAAUUGAAGGUUUUUUAAGUUUGGGAUUUUUUCUGAUAAUAAAAUGGCCGUAUUUCAAUUUUUUUUUUUUCUCAAAACAUAAUUAACCAAAAAAUCUUAUAACUGCUCUCACAGAUUGGUUUUUUUCUUUAGAUCUUUUUUAAAACUAUCUGUGAAGCACAGGGUCGCACUUGGAAUGGCUUUCAAUUCGUAUCUUCUAGGCGCAACCGACCUAAAUAACCCCGAUCGGAAAGCAUUGUAUAGAGAACUUAAACUUCAAAUCAUCUGUAAACCUUUUCAAGCCGCAACGCGAACGCGACGCUCUGACCCAUUCCAAGUGCGACCGCGAGGAAAAAAGAUGAGAAUGGAUAGUUUCUAAUAUUCAACUUAAAUUUUUUUUAUCGGUUCGAAGCUGAUUUUUGGAGCUCCAGGAAGAGACUGGAUCAUGUGCAAAACUGCGUUUGAAGCCGUCAAGACGAUUGUCUACACGGUUGGAGGAGAAACAGAACGGGAAAGAUGGGAAGAACUGAUACGAAAAGUUCGGAUCGUCGAGGACAAUCCUUCACCAAAAUCUGAGCUCCUCCAGCUCUCCGAUCGGAUCAAUAGUCGCAGCAUUGUCAGUUUACUGAUAUAACUGGAAUGAAAGUUCUUAGGGCCUAAGAAAACUUUUGAAGGCUCCAAGCGUUCUCAAAGAAACACCUCACUUUCUCUAACGGCUGCCGUGAAGCUUGCAAAAGUAGCCAUUCUAGGGGUUUGUUUAGUGGCCACUUUAGAGAAGCAUGCUACUUAUUUAUUUCUUUGAAAUUUAUGAGAGUUGCUUCUCAUAGAAAAUCUUUGAAAAAAAUAUUACAUUUAACAGUGGGACUUCCAUUUAACUGAUAAAUAAACAUGUAGAGUUUUUCCAUUUUUCUGAUUUCCAGGUGAUUUUCGGCUCUGGAGACCAUUACAAGGCGGUCACGGCCACGGCAAAUAAACACUUUGUUUCUUCGGCUCAUCAUCAGGUUGCUGUUACUCAUUUUCUUGAAAAAAGUUCGCCUCAUUUUUUUUUUCGUUCUCAUGCCUCAACUCUUCGCUCUUCGGGCCUUCUGAUUCCAGAACGAAAAAAAAAAAAUUCACGCAAUAGAUCUGUUUUUCGAUUUAUGAAACCUCUCAAAUAACGCUUUUUUCAAUGUUUUGUGUGAUUUGCGAAUUUAAAAAGCUCAUUACUCGAAAAACAAAGUCUGUCGCGGGAACUUUUUUUCUGGAAUAAGGAGGUCCUAAACGGAAAAUUUACUUAAACUUCUUAAAGUGAGAAGCCGGUUUCUGUGUCAUGUUAAGGCGUACAAGACGUUCGCCUCUUUUUUCUCAACAAGAUUUUAAAACAGGAAAAUUUUGCUUUUUCAAAAUAUAUUCCACAUUAUUCCAGGGCGUCGCUUUCGAUGUCGUUCUACACGAGUCUCGCGCUCUGAGCGAACAAAAAGAGCAAGAAUUGUAA